AUGGGAGACUGCCAAAGCUGCUGAAGUAAACCAAAGACUACUGUGGACUUCGCAGAAGUUAGAGCUGAGUAUAAGAGAAUUAGAGAAAAAGUGUCAUCCCACAAAACAGCCCUGAAAAUCUACACAAAGCAUAACAAUUGGAACUUUAAAUAAAAGAAUAUUCCAGAUUUAUGACUCUCUGGUUUCUUUGGAGACUAGAUUAGACGCUGUAGAUCCUGAUAAAUUAGGAAUAGAAGACUCCAAUACCAAUUGCAUAAAACAGUACAAUAGACUUGACGAUAAGCUUGGAUUUCUUAUUGGAUACACACAUGAGAUACUCCUGAAGGCCGGGCAACAAAAUAUGAUAGACCUGGAUAGCUCAGGGAAGUCGAAUAAAGAUAAACAAAAAGCUAAAAUUUGAUUAGAGAAGAAUAUCCACCAGCAAUCUAAAGAGAUUGAUGUAGGAGUUCUGCUCUCUUUGGAGGACAAAAUUCUCCCUCAAAGGUUCAAAAUAUUCAGCGUUGAAUUUCCCUCUCUAGAUCUGAAAAAUGAUGAGCAUAUCAAAUUGUUGAAGAAUCUGAAGUCUCUAGCUAUUCCCAAUUUAAAUCGCUUAUGUGUAAUAAAUAUAAGUUCACAAACCCUCCCUGCUCUAACAAGUUUAUUCGAAACUUCAUUCUUAAAGAGAUUUGGAGUAUUAUCUCUGAGGUUUGCUAAAGAAAUCCCAGCCAAUGCGAAUAGACUUUUCAAAAAUGUUUUGGAUACCAGCUACCAAGUAAAAUCUUGAGUCUGCAUCCAGGGUUUAACUAUCAAGCAGUCUUUAUUGAUGAAGAUCCUUUCUUCAUGUAAGGAUAAGUCGAGGAUAAUUUUACGUAAAUGCAAGAUAUCUGUUGAAAAAGUCCCUGACUUUGGCCAAUCUAUGAAUGAUAGUAUAUAAUCAGAGUAAUAGAAUUUCCAUUUUGAAAAAUAACUGGGACAUCUGGAGAGCCAGACUCUAUGGAAGGCUUCUCAAAUUUAAUAGAAGGACUUUCGGAGUCACAGGAUUUCAGAGAUGCUUUCAAAGGUGUGAAGGGCUUCGAUUCUUAUGAUCAAAAGAAAGCAAGAAAAAUAUUAAAACAACAUAGAUUUGGCCAUAUUAAAGUUAUGAAUUUAUAAAAUCAGAGGUUUAGUUAUUCAACCUGAA